UGUUCUGAGUUCAAAUCCCAGCAAAGUCAGCUUUGCUUUGCAUCUUUCGAAGUACCAGUCAAGUACUGGAGUCGAGGGGAUCGACUAAAUCUUUCAACUCAAAAUUUCUUACCUUUGUCUGAAUCAUAAACUAGUAUUAUUAGUGAAUCAUACGCAACGAAGAAAGGGUGAAAGAGAUAAAGCAAGGUAGGGAGAGAAUAACAAAUAAUAAACGUAACUUGUGUUUCUAUGGAAACGCUUAACAACUGUCAUGGCGAAUUACUUACCGUAAACUUGUUUAUACGUUGAAUCGGCGGCUGUUAUUAUUUUCGUUUUACUGCUUAUUUAUGCCUUACUCUUUGAUAUUUAUACACUGAUACUGAGAAGUAUGCCUCCCAAGGCGACACCAAAGAAAAAAGAUGAUAAGACCGGUGAUAGAGGAAGCAAGCCGGCACCAGUUCCGCUUGUUGUGCCUUUAAGUGAAACCAGUAAAGAAUUUUAUCUUGUUCAAAUUAGGGACCUUGAGCAACGUCUUGAACGGUACCAAAAACGGUGUGAUGAACUUGAAAUUUCAAAUGGCAACUUCCAUGACAAAUAUGUUCAAAUGGACAGUGAUAAAAGAGAAAUUAUUGCAUACUGGAAACAACAGUUAAAGCUAAAAGGUGAAGAGUUGUCUGAUCUUUCUGAGAACUACAGUGGUUUGCAGCUGACCAAGCAAAUUGAGAAAGAGCAAUUUGAGAAACAAGUGAGCAGUCUUCAAAAUGAACUUGACCGAGUCAAGGAAGAGCUCACAGCAGAAAAUACAAUUCUCAAUGGUAAACUAGCUGUUUUAGAAGAAUUCCGUAUACAGAGAAAAGAACUUCUGGAGAAAUUUGCUAAGAUGGAAGUGGAUUUACGAGAAAUGGAAGAACAAAACAAACAGACUAUCUACCAACUUGAGAAAAAACAGGUGAUUGACAAAGACAGACUUAAGAAAGACAUGUUUAUGAGAGUUAAUCAACUUGUUGCGGAGUUUCGAAAAGUUUCUAAUAAACAAAUGGCUGAGACAACAAAACGAACCAUCCGUGAAAAUGUUUCUCUCACAGCUCAAAUGUCAAAGAUGUCAGACAAAACCAUGGAACUUAUACAAGAAAAUGAUGAACUGAAGAACAAAGUGAAAAGAAUGAAGAACAAAAUAGAUGUUUUGGAAUACAACGAGAAAGAGAUUACUAAAAAGAUGCUUAACUGCCAGAAGCAUAUCACCCUCUUGACCACCAAAUGCCAAGAAAGUGAAGGGACCAUAGCUGAAAUGCAACAAAAAGAAGCUGAAUUUAAGAAAAAGCUGAAAGAGAAAGAAAAUUUACAGCAGCAACUAGAAAACACAGAGGAAACUAUUCGAACUGCUUUACAUAAUUCAAAAGAAUUGACUGAAAAGUUGCGUGAUACAGAGACGAAAUUUGAUGAUAUCAGAGAAGAGAAUUCUAUGAUAUUGCAAAUCCUUCAAGAUGCUUCAACUGCUAUAAAGGAUUACCUCUUGUCUUUAGAUGCAGAUGAUAACACAUCAGAGUCACAAGAAUUGAUAGGAACUCAACGAGAUAAUAUGUUGCAACAUUUGCUCAUGAUAUUAAAUACAGCCCGAGUUCUUGGAUUAGGACCAGGAAUUGCUGACUUAAAUCGAUCACGUUCUCCACAAACUGAUGUACCUAGAACGCAAGAGAAGAGGAAAAUAAUAAAUUUGCCACCUAUUCAACUAAAGGGAAGAGAUAUUCCACCAGCUCACUACAACCUAGGGGACAUUGGCUUUGUUCCUCGCGCUAGUCAACCUGUUCUUGGACAUGUGGAAUCUGACAGUUCAAGUGAAGAACAGCCCGAACCUAAAGAAACUCACCAGUCUACUGGAGUUCAGACUUUGAGUAUGAAAAGAACUUUAUUCUUCAAUGAUGAAAUGUUAUGGCAAGCUUUUCCUUCUACCAAAUUCAUAGAAAAUGAAGUAACUAAAAAACCAGAGUCAACAAGUGGUUCCUUGAUCUCAAGAUCUAAAGAUUAUUUAAGAUCCAGAAGAUUGGUUUAGUCAAUUUUUUUGUUACUCAAGUACAAGAACAUAAUGGUAGUGUAGAAAUUUUAUUUUAUAUCAGAUUUUAGGUUUUAUCACUUUAGUUAUUUGCUCAUAAUAUAAUUUCAGUUAAGGAAUAAAGUAAAUUUUGAAUUGAAUAACUUACUGUUUUUGAAUGUUUAAAAUAAAUGCUACUCAUUACAAUAAAUGUUUGAAAUUG